CUUGAGAUAUCAUGCGCUUCAGUUGUGAGUGAGGUAGCUCCAUGCCUGGAUUACAUUACUGACAAGACAGACCAACCAUCAAGAAAUUGUUGUAAUGCAAUGAAAGAACUUGAUGGCCAUGCCAAGACAAUUCCUGAUUGGCAAGCUGCGUGCGAGUGCAUUAAGGCGUCCUUGGUAAAUCGUAAAUAUGAUGCACCUCGCAUUGUUCAACUUCCCCAGCAAUGUGGCUUGUCCGUCCAUAUUCCCCCUGAUUUGGACUGCUCCAAGAUCUCAGCAUAAGGUUGUGUUGCAGCAAGAGUUGCUUCUGCAGUAGGUAGAAGAAAUCAAUACAUAAUAUACUGCAUAAUAAAUCAACAAAAACUUCAGCUUGUUCUCAUGUCGAAAGAACAAGAAUUCAAAUUUAUACUGUAAUGAUAUCCUCAUUGUUGUCUGUUUCAGCAAUGGAAUUUAAAUAAUGGAACAAUAAAAUAAAUUGAAUUAAAGCAGUCGUUAGAGAAA